AUGGAAGCCAUCAGACGAAAAUUAGAUGAGGCAGAUGACAUCGCCGAGGUUAUCGAUUUAAUGCAGAAUUUGAGCAUUCCAACCAAAGGAUGCAAAAACAUCGAAGACAUGAAGGAGAGGAUCCUCGCUCAUCUCAGUUCUCGAAAAGAUAACCGCUUGGCCUGCAAUGAGGUAGGACUGCCAGGGAAAUGAUUCAGUGUUACUAAAUGAACGUGGAUUUACUGGUUUUAGGCUUUCUUCGUUCUGAUUUAGACAUUUCCGGCAUCAUUUUAUAGCUAAAGCGUCGUUGUUAGCUCAUUGCAUUCGAUGGAAAAUGUCUAAGUAAGCUAGCGGUCAUAGCUAUUGUCCUUCCACUUUACGUUUGCUCCUUAUCAUUAGGUUCUUUUGCACAACCUGGCUGGUUGCAUGGGAUGGGCCGGGAAAGACAAUAGUUGGCAGCAAGUAUCCUUUAAUGCUAUUCCUUUCAUCUGUGCAUUUCGAAAGCGAGUCGAUGAAUGUUUACACUAAACUUAUUAUCAUCACAUCGCUGUAGCUCAUAAACGUGGCAUCGUAGAGCGAAUGACUCAGAAUCUAUAAGGCUCUCAUAUAUCAUGUAUAGUUACUUGCUAGGACGUCUUGCUGUAACAGAUUUUUACUUUUCUCACUCGAUUAAAACCACUGCAAAGAUUUCAAAGAAACAUCGAAACGCAAAUCGAUCCUUAAAUUCGAUUUUUGUAAUUUCAUGUCUGUUCGGUUACCGAUCAGUGCAUCAAUCGACCCAGCAUCAUACAGCAGAACGGCUACGGAUCGCUUGCUUGUAAAUUUGUACAAUAUAUGUUAAUUCUGAGCUUUAUCAAGUUAUUGUCUCAAAAUAGCUUCGAACGUUUUCCUCAGAAACACCGGAAGACUAUUAUUCUCUUUGUUGUCUUUAUUCCGUGUCGUGGCUCAAUGGUUCGGCCGCUUGUCAUGGCUGCCAUCGCCUUGCUGCCAAAGCAGUUGGGCUUCUGCCUUUGAGAACCUGUUUGAAGCUUUUAACCUCACUGUCACCAGUAAUGGAGCGUUUGUGCUCUUUCUCUGUCAGUUAUCGGUCGAAAGCAGUAACCAUUACGCGAAAGCUAACAAGCUCGCCAUACGAAAAAUAUGAAUAACUGUGGUAAUGUCAUGACAGCAUCAUGUGGCAAAAGACCUUAUGGUCAUUUGGCUGACAGCUCACCGAAUGAAGUUGAAAUUAGUUAAGCUCCGCUUUAUAUUUUGUUCCGAUCAGUGAAUUCAAAACAGAAGGAAGACAGUUAGGCCUCGAACACAAAAUGCAGUACUUACCUCGGUUCUCUCAAACUCAAAAUUCAUUUGUUAUUCAUCUGACUCCUGGUGUAUGCCAUUUGUUUCUUGCAAUGCUAGUUAGUUGAGAAUUAAGCCAACAAUGAACCCUAUUUGACUCUUUUCUUUACUUUUUUGUCCUUUAUCAGUUGAAAACGAUAUUACCGAUACGUCCAGAAAAAGAAAAUUGGUGACUUUAAUGGAAUAUAUUGACUAUCGGCAGAACGAAGCUUUAAGUAGCAGUGACAGAAACAAACUCUUUUGUUAUAGUGUAUGUAAGGUCUGACAAUAGUAAUCAAUGUAUCUCAGCUCUCGAACUUUCAAUUAACAAUUAGAGGAGCUUAGACUGUGCUCUGUGCUGUUGUAAAGCAUGCAGGAAGCGGUUGGAGACCGAAAGAAGUGUAGGGAGAAACACGAGACGUAAUCAUUUGCCUCUUUAACCCAUUCAAUAUUUGCACAUGUUUCAGGCCUUUAAGGUAAUUUCAGAGGCACAAGCAAUGGACAAGAAAAAGUCAUUAGGCCUUUUUGAUUAUUACGCUGAAGUGGAAAGGGAAAUUCAGGGUCUUGACGCUACCUUCCUAGAUUUGCUGAAAACAAGCGAGGGCGACGUCCUUUCUAAAAUUAAAACAAGAAUGAGAAGAAUAGAAGACAGAGAUUAUGUUGUUCUUGUAGCAGGUGAAUAUCUUGCGUAUAAUACCUUGCCCAAACCACUGAGGUGCUUUGAUCAUGAUCAUGCUAAGCACAAAGAAAGCCGAUCUAACAGGGACAGAGAGGAGUAUCAAAAAUCUACUUGGUUAGGACGUUUCCCAAUUAAUUUUACUUUAUUUUAAAAAAACUGUCAACUAGGGUCUAUUGAAUUCUUAAGCCGGAGAGUUUAUUUAUGUAGCAACAUGUUAGGCUUUGACUUUUAAAACCGGAAAGUUUACGUCGAAUAACUCGAACUCGAGUAUAUGGGCGGGAGACUUUAUGGCAAUUUUAGUUUACUUAUAGUAAAAUUUCAAACUAAUAUUUAUUGUUUAAGGAAGAACUUGAGAUUUAAGAUUUAAUGAUAAUUUUGUAUUUUACUUACGCUUAGGGGAGACCAGUGCAGGCAAAAGCAGCAUGUUGAACCUAAUUCUUGGUGAAGAGCUUUUACCAUUUUCAGUUCUUAGUACAACAUCUACGAUAUGUGAAUUGAAAUAUGGAAGAGAGAAAAGAAUACGGAUACACUAUAAGAAAGAAGGAAAGGCUCCGGAGACAAAGUAUCUUACAGAAUCCUCGCCUUACAUAGAUCAAAUAUCAGAAUUUGUUCACGUCAAGUCUGCAAGUUUAAGAGAAAAGGCAUCGAGCUACAAAAAGGUGGAACUGUUUUGGCCUCACCGAUUAUUACAGGUUAGAGACUCCGACGAUCAUGCUUCAAACCAUACUUUUAUCAAUAUGAUGUAAGGUGGCAACUAAAUUUCAGAACCUUUUUGGAGGUAUUAACGCCGAAUGGUAAGAAUCACGGGGAGAAAAUAAACUUGUUUACUCUGUUUCCACAAUAGGACGGUGUUGUGAUCGUUGACAGCCCUGGCGUCGGGGAGUCUGACAUUAUGGACGAUAUUGUUGUGAACUACUUGCCAAAUGCCUUUGCUUUCAUCUAUGUCAUCAACAGCAGCAAUGCCGGAGGAGUUCAAAGAGAUCGGGUGAGUAAUUAUUGAUACUUUCUGAAAUGACUACCGGCAAAUCCUUUCAACUCCUCACCAGCGCUCGAUCUAUUUAUUAGACCACGACUUUUUUAGAUAGCUCAAGGAGCCCAAAAAGCUGUUUUAUUUUAGCCCAAGUUUUAAUUGAAUUGUUUUCAAUAACCUGUUUCCUCAUUUGGUAGCUUGUUCGACUUCUGCACAAAACGAGGGAACUCACAACUGAGCAACAAAUGGAAUUCUCACCAAACUGCACUUUGUUCGUUUGCAACAAGUGGGACACCAUACCACCCUCAGAGGGAGAUGUGGUCAUAGCGCACAUAAUCAACAAGUUGAGUCAGUGUUUGCCAGAUGUCGACAUAAAUACUCAAAUCAUCUGCCUUUCAACUACUAAAGCUCUUACGGCUCAGAAGUAUGGAGUCAUGAAUUCAGAAUUUGUCUCACUUACAGACAAGAUUGGCUGCUUGGUUUCGAAAAGCAUCGAAACAAGACUUGAACAACAUUGGAGGUAAUUUAGAUCAUUUCUAAAUGUAUGUUAAUCAUGAAGCUAUUAUUUAUUAGGCAAAAAGCACCUCGUUCAGUAAUGGCCUGUCAUCAAGAUUUCUUUCUUUCCAACAAAAAUUAGGAACUGCCAUAGACGAAAGUAAUUGUAUAAAUUUACACUUUUUCCUGAUUGCUUAAACCCUCUUCUCGAUGGAAGUCUAAGGCGAAAGAAGCCAUAUCUGAGGUGUAGUAAUUGAGGGAUAGAUAGAGACCUCCCCCUCUGAAUUUCCACAAAAAGGGUGAAAAUAAUAGAAUCAUGCAAUAUUCCUUGAAUGACGCCAUGUCUCUCCACUAGAGCAGCUAUUCUCCACCCAUCUCUGACAAAUAUAUGAAGAAUAGAUGCAUGGACGGCUACCUUAAAAAAAACCAGGAACCUUUUCAGAUUUUCCUCAGAAUAAUCAGGAAAAAAUGUGUAUCCAUGGUAUAGAAUUAACAAACAUCGAUCUUUCUUGUGCGUUCAACUGGUAACUAUAUUUUAUUCUUCCUUAAUCUGUACAGGUGGCUAGAUCUUUUGCUGUCUCGAAUAACCUGGCUUAUGAGUACAUUAAUAAGUAAUAUCUCCACUGACCAUGUAGCUGCAACGGCUAGAUUAAAUGCCGUGAUAGAGAGGCUGAGGAAGCUUCAAGCGGAACAGGAGUCAUCGAAGGAGGCAAUGAAGCAAUAUCUUGGAAGCAGGACUCGUGAGGCCAUCGAGACCCUAAUCGACCAUCUACAGACUCCCCAAGUGAAAAAGAGAUUUUGUAAGUGGAACUCUGACGAGCUUCCAGCUGUUGAGAAGUCAUGGGAAGUUACCAAGGCUGCCCUUGUUAAGCUUCUUCAAGGAAGACUACAGAUGUUGAUUGAAGAAUGGGAGGAAAAGCAGCAAAGGUUUGCGAAGGCACGGAAAUCAGUGAUCAAAAAGUUCCUCGAAAAAUACAAUUAUCUGGAGAGAGAGCUUCGCAACGUAGAAGUCAAUGUUUCUCAAAUACAAGUACAUGUUGAAGAAGAAACGGCAAGCGAAAGUGUAGAGGAUCAAGUUUUCAACAGCAUUUACAACUUUUCGCUUCCAUUUGAAAGUAAACUUUAUCUUGGAAUAGCGAUUCCUUUCAUGGUUCCAGGUCUUCUUGUCGGAGCUGCGUUUGCUGUUCCAGUAACACUGCUUCUUCUUCCCAUUGUGGGGGUUAAAUCUAUUGCCGACAACAUCAAAGAAGCAAAAAGGAAGAGUGCAUACAAUAAUGAUCGCGCUGAGUACGUACGAAUCAUGGCACAAAAGUUUCUAGCAAAAGCUGCAACCUUCGAGGCGCUAAAGCCACUGGUCGAAGCGCAAUUAGAGCUGGCAGUAAACACCCUGAAUGACCUGCAAGCGAGAAUCCCUAUGCUUGUUGAAGCCGAUGUAAAACUUUGUCAGCAACUUAUAGAGGAGGCGCAAAGCAAGAAGGAUUCUGAAGCUCACUACAAGCCCUGUAGAGACAAAUGCAAGCGUUUGCGCGGUGAGCUCGCCUUGUUUGGUUCUACGGAAAUCCGGUGCAUGCGGCUCUCCUGGGAUGACCUUUCUUGGGAUGUCAGCGAGGAUGUUUACUUGAAGCAAACAAUGGAACCUGGGCUCUACCAGGGACACAUUUCCAAGGGAAGGUACUCAUCAAGAGGUCAAGUAACUUUUAAAGUGUACAGAGAACUGCUGACCAGGAGCAAUAUUAUUGAUUGCUUGGCAGACGAAGCAAUCUUAAGGUACAACUUAACUAAUAAACAAACAAUUUCUUAUCAAACACUUAAACAACAAGGAUUUAGGAUUUAGAACAUGCGUUAUGCUAGUAACACUUUGGUAUUCUUCCAAAAUACCCAAUUCACUUCAGUAGGUGUGUUGAGCUAUUUUUCCUGAAACAUGACACUCGUAUUGGCAUUCCUCGUUUAGCGUAAAGUUUUGUUCGAUUCGUUCUGGAAUUAAUUUUCACCGGUUCAGUGCUCUACCAACCGAGCUUACAAGCCAACUGAAAGCUGGUAAUCGUGUUGAUUCGUAAUAAACUGCCACUGCAUAGGUCAUGGGUUCAAAUCCCAUACAGGCCUAAAUUUUUCCAAGCCUUAUUUUCACUACUGCUUAAGUAUUUUUUAUUACUGUGAGGAUCGCUUUCAUAUUUAUUUCCUAAACCGCAAUUCACACACUAUGCGAAUAUAUGAUUUUUAUAUAUAUAUAAUUUUCAUAUGUUUACAAUGUUUUUGAAAAUGUUUUCCCACUUUCUUUAGUCAUUUUGUUGUUACUCCUACCGGGUCCAAAGUUGAAAGUUGUCCACAUCUUUCUUGUUUUUGUUGUUUACUCCACAGGAGGCUUUGCCAUCCUCACAUUGUCACGUUUUACGGUGCUGUUUUCAGAAAGGUUCCAAGAGGAUUAGAAGCAGCCUUUGUAUCUGAGUGUCCAGGAGUUGAUUUAAAGUACUAUCUGAUCGAUCAGCCCGGAAAUUGUCCUGCAAGGAAUCCCACAUCUUCAGGGAAUGCGUUUCGCUGGGCAGACCAAGUCGUCGAAGCACUGAUGUCGAUUUACAGCAUAUUUGACGGAUGUGUUCACGGUGACCUUCGGUUAAAGAACGUUUUGGUAGGGAAAUAUUUUAUUUGUAAUAAAACGUUUUGUUUUAAUUGGUUUAACACUGAAGGAAAAAAUAAUAAAUUUAGAAACUAUCAGAGCGCGGACACAAAUGUAGCUCUAAUAAGAUUUCCAAGGUCUAUAACUCGCAGUAAAGUAAAGGGUUAGAUUAUUUCUCUCUCCCGUGUGCACCGAGCUUUUCUCGUUCAAGGACUUCAGCGUCAUUGUUUUCAAACUUAGUCUUAAAGGCUGUCUUUAAGUACAUUUUUUGAUCUGGACUAAGUCAGGCCAAAUAGCUUGCAAUUAAACCCUUACACUUUUGAAAAACUAAAUCAACUAUAACUGCGAAGUGAUCGCCCCUAUCAACUAUUGCAUAGUUUGCGCUUAUUGCAAAAAGUCAUACAUCGGUGAAACAGGAAGACGACUGAGUGACCGAUUCCGAGAACACCUUCGCAACGUAGAAGGAAAUGACAAGGACAAAUCUAAACCAGUUGCUAGAUAAUUGAUCUCCCUAAUCAUUUUAAGCAGCAUAUGGCAGUUUGCGGCUUUUCCCUACAUCUAAAUAGUUCAGAAAGCGGAAAACUCUAGAACAAAAGUUUAUCUCUCAAACCGGUAUCCUUAAUCCCCACGGUAUCAACGAGCGCUUUUCAUUCAACUAAUGAAGUCAGCUUUUGAACUCCAUACGGUGGCCAAUUUACGUGAUCGACUCAGCCAAACUACCCUAUUAUACUCUUCCACCGAUGCAGCGCCACAGUUCUGUAGAAACUUACCCCUUUUAUUCAGUUAUAUUAUAGUUAUGAAGCAAGAUAUAAAAUCCAUCUCAUAACAUCGAAAAGCAGAUGAGAUAUGACUGCUUUGUUCACAAACAAGUGUGUUUCAACCAAAGCAGUGACCCUUGCCUCUUCAGAAAGUGGAAUCAUGCUCAGUUCUAUUCUAUUUCUUUUGGCGAGAUCCAGUGUAUUCUUUCAAAAUGCUAGUCAACCAAGACAAAACUAGUGUUUAUCAAGUUUAUUUUAAUAAUCAAUUGAAGUUUUUUUUUUUUUAAUUUACAUAGCUAGACGGUUCCAAUCUCCGUGAUAUUAAGCUGAGCAACAUCUCCCUCAGGAGGCAGCUGACCAUUGAGCAUGAAUCAAACUGUGAUGCAUUUCUUCAUCUUCCGCCAGAAGCUGUGCGAAAUAGAAACUACAAUGCCUCUUCAGAGAUUUACUCCCUUGGGAUUUUGUUCUGGGAAAUGUGGUACGGCGAAGAAGCCUUUCACGAUCUAAAAGGUCAGAAGAUGGAAGUUUUUUUAUCAAGCGUAGAAGGAGGCCAUCGUCCCGAUCUAACAGGUAUCACAACUCAGACAUCAGUUAGGUGGACUAGCCUCGUUUCUGGAUGCUGGGAAAAGAUAGCCUCAGAACGAAGUAGCCUCGCAGAUUGUAAGUCAGCUAUCAGGGAAAUUUUAGCUAGUGCAAAAUAG